UUUUGUUUUCUCUUUACAGAAAAUUGGAUCCUUUUUACGGAUUUGUCAGUCAUCAACGACACAAAUAUUUCCUUCGCUGCCAUGGGUUCAGAAACAACCAACGGACUCAUGACAUUCGGCCAUUGGUUCACACGUAUCCAUGGCUACGCCAGCUUGUUCACGUGCAUCUUUGGGAUAUUCACGAACCUCUUCAAUAUAUCUAUUCUUACACGUAAAGAUAUGUGGAACCCCACUAAUUGCCUUCUGACGUGGCUCGCUGUUUCAGAUAUCCUGACGAUGAUUCCAUACAUUCCCUUUUCCCUCCACUUCUACUGCAUUCACAACUUUGAUGAGAUCUCUGAAGAAAAGUUCUCUCGUGGCUGGACAACGUACAUGCUUGUUCUUGUAAAUUUAGCAGCAACAACGCACACAAUUUCGAUAUGGCUCGGUGUCUCACUGGCAGUAUUCAGGUUUACACAAUUACGGACCACAGCCAAGGGACCUUUAGCACGCAUGAGGAGCAUGCGGCAGGUCAAAUACACAACUGUGUUAGUUUAUAUUCUUUCUACACUGUGUUUAAUCCCUAAUUACCUGACCAACGAAGUUGUACAACAAAAAAUGGAUCCCAACAUAACAAUUUACGUCCUUAAUGACUUAAAGUUAGCCACCAAUGAAACAAAGCCGAUUGUGCUCGCGAACGUUCUCUCCUAUGCCAUUGUGGCCAAAUUCAUUCCGUGUGCACUCAUGAUUGUGUUCGGUGGGUCAUUAUUGUACAGUCUCGGAAUUAAAGGAAGGCAUCGAAGGACUAGACUCUCUGCCGGACAACCGCCCACAAAACGAGGCACGAAGCAUUCUAAGACGACCAAACUGUUGCUGGUUGUGAUAAUUCUAUUUUUGGUAACAGAGUUCCCUCAAGGUAUUGUGAUUUUCAUGAGUGCCAUUGUUCCAAACUUUUACAAAUCUGUGUACGUGCCUUUGGGAGAUUUUAUGGAUUUCCUUGCACUUGUGAACAAUGCCAUCAAUUUUGUUUUGUACUGUAGCAUGAGUAACCAAUUCCGGUCUCGAUUUUUGGAAAUGUACUGUAACAAAAGACGUGGCUUUAAGUACACCAAUAAGUUUAGUUUUACGUAUUCUUUAUCGUCCUUCACUAAAGCAACUGUUAUCGAUUCCUUAAAGAGAUGAAAGAGAAUGAAAAAAUGUCUCCUUUGCCCCAAAAUGUGAAAUUUAUUUUAUGUUUACUUAACUAUUGUUUAUUUACGGGGUAAAUGAGUGUUUUUGAAUACAACAUUGACAUCAAGGUGUUUCAAUUGACAUAUUCAUGUAAGCCAUAAGAUGAGUUACUUGAUUGACUGAAGUAUGUCAUGUUUACAAGGGUUCAAAAAAUAAAGAGAAAGAAUGGUUA